AUCGAGUGACAGUCUCGCAAAAGCAACUCGCGAUGGCUGCAUGCACGAGCUGCAACGAACCAACUAACCUCGAUUGUCGUGGGGAUGUUAUAACCACGCCAUACACCGGUAUAGGAAGCGACCUGGGUCUAUGCCGAAUGUGCCGUUGGAGGCGACAGACAGACGCUUGGGCGACUGCGCCAGAUUGGAACGCCCUCUUACAGCUGAACCUACUCUUCAUCCGCGGGGAAGUUGACAUCAAUCCAGACCACCUUGGUCCCCUCAACGAAGAGUCCAUGACGCUCGUAACUGGCCUCAUCAAAUUGCAUGAGUACGGUAUUCUCACAUGCAAUUCCCAGCCGUUCGAGAAGUCCAGCGAUUUCAUCACCGGCAAGGGCUGGCUCCAGAAGCGACAGCGUCCUUAUCUGCACUUCAUGCUCCCGACAUUACACCCGGAUAUCUCCAUUGACAGUAUUGAUGAUCUCAUUGAGAGUCUUUUCACUGACAGAAGCAUUCUCGUGUCUGUUUACUCAGAGUGCGACGAGUACGACAGAACAUACGACAUCAGAUGGCGCCAGCGAGUCGUGCCACUGACCACUGGUCUCGACCGCGAUACUUACGACUUCCGUACAAACGCGUUCUGGAAUAAAGAGACUGUUACCAUAAGCCGACGUGCGAAGACUUCCAAGGGCUUGAUGAAGAAAGCCUGGGAAGAAUGUACCUUCUUCCCAUACACCUCCGCGGCCUUCUUGACGCCUCACGCUAAUCAGUGCGGUCGCGCAAAUGACGGCAGCAACUUCGAGGCUGCUGUAGCCAUGAGACCCUUGGCAAUCGGUAUAAUGGCACGGAAGUGGGGCGUGGAUCUCGAUCUCCAGGACCUCUUGCGACGGCAUUGCGAAGAAGCGGGCUUAGGGAGUGUGCUGGAUGUUGAGUCGAGGAUUGGACGGCAGCACAUGAACUUUGACGGGCAAGGUGAUUCGGGAUGUUCAGGGUGA